UACCGACAGGCGGCCAACUGAAUCCGUCUCCGACACACGCCCACACUCUCUCUCUCUCUCUCUCUCUCUCUCUAUGUGUCAAAGACAAAGGCAGAGACAGGGAGCAGAAGAAGAAGAAACCCACAGACACAGAAUCCUCACUUCUCCCUUCUCCUCAUCUUCUUCCGCUCGUAGGACCCACCUGGGAACUCUCUUUCCCUCCCCAUUUUCAUGUCACCGGAACCAAUCCCUGCACCUCCCUCUGCGGUUCUUGGCUCGACAUGGCAUUGACUGGAGGAGUCCCGGAGCUGAGCAGGGAGCUCUCCAGGCUGGCGGCGGAGAUCGUCGGGGAAGAAGACUGCGGCGUCGACGUAAUCGACGAUGCCGUCGGGAUCCUGUGCGCGUUGAGGGGGUUGGUUUCCGCUCAGGAUGAGAAACCGCCGCCUUCCGAGUUACUGGACGAGGCUGCCGUUCCUGAGGAGUUCCUCUGCCCGAUUUCGAAACGGCUCAUGCAGGAACCCGUCGUCCUCGAGACUGGCCAGACUUAUGAUCGAUCCCACAUCGAAGAAUUGCUAAACAAAGGCGACAAGAGAUGUCCGCAGACCCAGAAAUCGCUUUCCCACACGGUACUCACUCCGAACAGCUUGAUCCAAGAACUGAUUUGUCAAUGGUGCACUGAGCGAGGAAUUGAGCCGCCAAAAGCGCUGCAGGACACGGUAGAUAAAGCUGUAAUCGACCCCAACCGAGAAUGUUUCGAAUUGCUGCUCAACAAGUUUUCCACUUCCUCCUCCUUCGAGGAUCGUAAGGCAGCUGCCAAAGAGCUUCAGCAGUUGACCAAGCGGGUCCCAUCCUUUCGGGCCUUUUUCACGGGAUCGUCAAGCACAAUCACGGCAUUGCUGAAUGCUGCGACCCAUCCCGAGCUUCAGGAGGAUUUGACUGCCACAGUUUUUAAUCUCUCGGUUCACAAGGAGAAUGGAAAAGUGGUGGGAAAAGAUCCAUCCAUCAUCUCUCUUCUCAUAGAGUUGAUGAAAAAUGGGUCAAUAAAAUCAAGGAGUAAUGCAGCAGCUGCUCUGUUCACGUUGCUGGCUGAUGAUUCAAGCAAGUGCCUUAUCGGAAGAAUGGGUGCUCUCAGCCCUCUGAUCCACCUCCUCAAAGAAGUGGAACCACUGGCUCUAAAUGAUGUUGUUUCAGCAAUAUCGAGCCUGUGCAGCAUAGUCGAGAAUAAAGAGAGAGCCGUUAACGAAGGGGUGGUGGGUGUAAUUCUUAGUAAGAUAAAGAGCUGUGGACCGUCAGCUGAGUUGAUUUCCCUUCUUGCCUCAUUUGCCACUGAUCAGGACGCUGUGGACCAAAUGGGAGAGCUCCGAGCAGUCUCUUGCUUGCUUGGGAUUCUGAAGGAGAUCCCAAACGAGCACAGCAAGGAACACUGUGUUGCAAUUCUCUAUUUGAUAGCUACCCGUGAUUCGAGCAAGUUAAGGGAGAUUAGGCGGGACGAGAAGUCCAACGGGACGCUCUCUGCACUUGCUCGGAGUCAAACUUCAACUAUGAGGGCGAAGAGGAAGGCCAACAGCAUCCUUGAUAAGAUUCAAAGAAUGUAUCUGGAGAUGCACACUAGUUGAAUACCCUUCAUCUGUGAAUAUGCUCCUUGUUCUUCACUGUACAUACCUACAGAGUCGGCCUUAGUUCGCGUAGAAAAAAUCUCGUACAGAAUUCAGAUACGCCCACAACACAACGGGAAGUUUUGGAUGCAAUUCCGUUUUUGCCAGGUUAUUUGUAAUGCUCAAUAGACAAGUCAAUUGCCGGGCUACCAUACAAUUGUCCGGAUGGGUAAGAUGGUGCACUGUUUGAUUAGAUCUCGAAGACUUCAGGAAGGUCAAAAGCCAUUCAAAGUGCAGCUGAGAACUGAGUGUACUCAUCUGGCUCUGGAGAUUUCCAGGAUUUGGCACUUUCUUAGCAUCAUUAUCAGCUGCUUGACUGCCGGGCCAAUCGUAACGUCGUUUCUGACCCGAAAACCAUUUCAAAGAAAUCAUUACAACCCAUGCCAUUAGCGGAUUAGUGAACUCUCUUCUGUGUGACUGUCUCUCUACCUGUCUUUUUCCUCUGUCAUAUGAUAUUGACUGUUAAUAAUUGCAACUUCUGUGGUGAAAUGAGACCGACGGGGAUUGCAGAAGGUGCUCUGCUCUAUGAUUGCCCUUUUUUUUUUUUCAUGGGAGGUCUGAGAGAUCUGUGAAUGAUAUGGACUGAAUUUUAUCCUCCUAUGAGUUUAUGCCAACAACGAGCCAUGUUUGAAGCA